AUGGCCAGCAAGUCCAUCAGGAACUACCAGCCUACUAAGAGGGGAUUAAUCCAAUUCAUUGGCUCUCCUCUCGAGGACAUUGUCACUAGGAAUGGCACCAACGGCCAGCAAUGGCGAGAUACGACAGAAGCAGUCUGCAAUUCAAUCAAGACAGCCGAUCCAAAGAUCAUCUUUGCAAACGUUCUGAGUGCCGCCCAUCGGUCCUCGGGGGACAAGGAUGACAUGCAAGAGGUUAUAUCAGUGUCACUACAAACUAAGUCUGGUACUUCUGUGGGCACAGUUCAUCUACAUCUCGAUGGUACUUGA